GAACAGUUCACAUAAAUGCAGCUGCAGUACUUUUGUGAGAUACCUGUCAGGAUCAUUCCCAGUUCGAGAUUGGGUUUGUGACCAUGAUGCCAAGAUUGGUCUUUCUCCUUUUCUGUGGAUAUAUUGCACUAAGCCUGGGAAAUGCUCAGAAAUUGCCAAGAGUGAAAAGGCAGAGUCUGAAAGUUCAAAUCAACGCAACAGAUGACACUGUUUGCAUGAGGUACCUGAGACCAAGUCAAAACACCAGACUAGAAGGUUUUAUCCUGGGUUAUGGAAGCAGCUUCCUUUCCAAUCAGUACAUUCCUUUGCCUUCGGAUGGAAAAACCUCCAUAACAGAGCUUGAUGCAGAACCACGGUAUUUGGUUUCAGUCAGACCAGCACGUGUCUCAAAUAAUAAGAAGUCUUGUUCAGGUCGGACCAAGACUCAAAAGCCUCUGCAACUGGUAGUUGGCACUCUCACCCCAACCUCUGUGUUCCUCUCUUGGGGCAUCCUAGUCAACCCUAAACAUGACUGGACAGCAACAAAUAACUGUGCCAGUGACAGGUUCUAUACAGUUCGCUACAGAGAAAAGGGUAAAGACAAGAAAUGGGUGUUUCAGCUUUGCCCAGUUACAGAGACUGUGGUGGACAAUUUGAAGCCAAAUACAGUUUAUGAAUUUGGAGUUAAAGACAAUGUAGAGGAUAGCAUUUGGAGCAAGACUUUCAGUCAUAAGACAGAUCUCUCUGGUAAAAAAGGAAAUGGACAUUUCCUGAACAUGUACAAGUUGGUACCUAAUUCCCAAACACAGCUUACACUGCGUGAUAAUAAGAAGUUGGUCCCAGUCACAAUAAUCAAACAAGUCAUUCAAAAUCGGACACAGUCAAAAACUGCAGACAGUUCUUCCCUGCCAGGAGCAAUAUUAGUGCACCUUAUUGUUCCAGGUCUCAAUGAAACUCAGCAGAAACUUCCUCCUCUCCUGACAAUUGAUGAUAUACCUCAAGCAUCCAGGAAAAAACUGGCUAAGAAUGAAACUCAAGUAUGGCCUGCUGAAUCCAAAACACCAGAAGUUCAAGAAAUCUCUCCACAGUCCCUCCCAGCUCAGGAUCAGAAAAAACAUGGACCUGAGGAGUUUAAAUCAACGCCUAGACCUGAAUUGGUGCAAACUCAAAGCAUACUGGCUACUAAUGAAAUACAGCCCCCUCCUUCUGGAUCCAGAAUCCUUGAUGCUCCAAAAAGUCCAUUGACAGAACUUGCUACUCAGAGUCCAACCUUGAAAUCCACAUCUCUACCUUCAUCAGAAACCAGAGAGAUGGAGAUGGAGGAAACACAGCUUGUUGAUUCAGGAUCUAAACCACCUGGUACCACAGAAGGGCAACCAAUCAGAUCUGCAUCACAUGAUUUUCUUCAUGUUACUUCAACUCCCCAAACCUCUACAUCUGCAGUUAUGCCAGAGCAAGAGACUGCAACCCAGAGACUGCACCCGGAGCCCACCUCAACUGCUUCAGUGGAAACCAAGAGGCCUGUGAAGGCUACUCGAAGACCAAGGCGGAAGUCCACCACUGCUUCCCCCCUGACCACCCAGCAAACUCUGAUGGCAUCACAUGAUUUUCCUCUUGUUACUUCAACUCCCCAAACCUCUACAUCUGCAGUUAUGCCAGAGCAAGAGACUGCAACCCAGAGACUGCACCCGGAGCCCACCUCAACUGCUUCAGUGGAAACCAAGAGGCCUGUGAAGGCUACUCGAAGACCAAGGCGGAAGUCCACCACUGCUUCCCCCCUGACCACUCAGCAAACUCUGAUGGUUUACAGUGGUAUUCAACCUGUUCUUUCAAGCCCUGUGACACCUAGUAAACCUGAAACAGCAGAUGCUGAGCCAGCAACAAGUGAAUCCUCUCUGGAAAUAUUCACACCUAAAACUUCUCAUCCUUUUCAGUGGCCAAGGGUAACAUUAGCUCCAAAAGAAAUUCCACUUAUUCCUUCUAAACCGAAGCCAUCUGUUGCCCCAGAAGUACAGCACGCAAAACCUGCCCCUAAGCCACCACUUUUGGAGCCUGAAACAACUCAGACUGUUGAACAACCAAAGGCAACACUAGCUCCUAAAGAAGCCAAACUCACACCACCUGCAUCUAAACCUAGACCACCUACCAGACCCAAAAAGCCACGAAAAAAACCUGCUCCAAAGGAGACACAACGUGUUCCUUCUAAACCUAAAACUCCACCCAAACCUCAUAGCCCACAAGCCAAAGAUGUCAUGGACUCUGUAACACAUAGAAGUGAUCUACUAAAACCAACAAUAGUUCCAAAAGAAACACAGCGUGUUCCCUUCAAACCCAGAACAUCCCCAAGCUCAGAGGUGCCACAAACCAAACCUGUUCUGGAACCAAUUACAUUUGGAACUGAGAAACCAAAGUCAACAGUAGCUCCUAAAGAUGCACGUCAUAGGCCUCCCAAAUCUAAAACAUCACCCAGUCCAUAUGUUCCUCCAACUAGAGCAACUCCAAAAGAAAGUCAACGAGUCACUCCCAAGCCCAGAGCAUCACCAAGUCCAGAUGUACCACACACAAAGCCUGUUUUAGCUCCCACCACAUUUACAUUUGAACAACCAAAGGCAGCAAAAGCUCCUAAAGAACCACAACAUACUCCUUUUAAACCUAAAGCAGCUCAUACCCCAGAUGCUCCACACAGCAAACCUGAAAUCAUUCCAACUUUUCGUGAACCACACACUACUAUGAUUCCUCAUAUUCCUGAAAGAACAAAGGCAACAUUGGUUCCAACUGAAAAACAGUUUAUUCAUGCCAAGCAAAAACCAUAUGAAAAACCAAGAGUGCCACACACCAAACCCGCAAUACAUCAGACAACUCCACAACCAAUUUUUGCAAAGUCUUCUCCUACCACUGAGCAUUCAAGGGCAACACUGGCUCCAAAAGAAACACUGCUUCCUUCCAAACCCAAAACAUCUGUUGGGCCAGAAGUACUACAGACAAAAACUGCUCCAAGGGCAACACACCUGGGAUCAAUUAACCUUAUAACAGUUCAUGUUGUUGAUGGGUCCAAAAUGACUUUGGCUCCUAAUGAAACAUACCACAUUUCACCCAAGCCCAAAACUGCUCUGGCAACUGAAAUUCCACGGUUCAGUUCAGCACCUCAUAAAACACGUCUCACCUCUGCAAGACCAAGGCCAUCUGAUAAACCACAGACCAGACCUGUUCUUAGUGAAACCACAGUAGCACCAGCAAGAACAAAAGCUCCUGGACGGCCAAAGUGGAUUGUGCCAUCACCAGAUGAUGUGUAUACACCUGAGGAUAUCACCAGACAACUUGGUGUGGAUGUGAAAAAGCCUUUGGAAUAUAUUGAUACCUGGGAAAAGCCAAUUUCUGUCACUACAUCACCUGGCCCUCGGCAUCCACCUAUACCUCCUGUCAAGCCUACACAAAUGCGAAGAAAACCUCUGCCUCCAAACACUGUGACUGGUAAACCAGGGAGUCCAGCUAAACCAGCUGGACCAACAACACCUGUGAGGACAGGAACAUCAUAUAAGAUCCCAACAGCUUUUGCAACUCCAGAGGAUUAUGUUGAUACAACUGUCUUCAGCUCAAGUCCUACAUCAGAAACAGAUUCUUCAGGCAAACCAAGGUAUCAAGCCCCCCACGUCAAAUACAUGAAGAAAGAUGAUGAUGUGCCUUGCUCUAUCACAAGCUCUCUUGAACAUUUUCCUCAAGAAGAAGCUAGCAGCAAAGAAGAACCUACUCGUCCUCCACAAAAUCCUCCAACCAACCUCACAGUGGUGACUGUUGAGGGCUGUCCAACGUUCGUCAUAUUGGACUGGGAAAAACCAGACAAUGACACUGUUACUGAGUAUGAGGUUGUGUCAACUGAAAAUGGAGGAAGUGAUGGUGAAAAGGAGCAAUCGAUUAUCACAACAAAUCAAACUCAUUCUACUGUGGAAAACCUAAAACCUGACACAAGUUAUGAAUUCCAUGUGAAACCUAAAAACCCUCUUGGUGAAGGCCCAAGUAGCAGUGUUGUGGCAUUCAGUACUGAAUCAGCGGACCCAAGAGUGAGUGAGCCAAUUUCAGUGGGAAAGGAUGCUAUCUGGACUGAAAUCAAAUUCAAUUCAGACACCUAUUCAGAAUGCAAAGGGAAACAAUACGUAAAGAGGACUUGGUAUAAGAAAUUUGUAGGAGUGCAGCUGUGUAAUUCUUUGAGAUACAAGAUAUACCUCAGUGACUCACUCACAGGAAAAUUUUAUGACAUAGGAGACCAGAGAGGCCAUGGAGAAGAUCAUUGCCAAUUUGUAGACUCAUUCCUGGAUGGAAGGACAGGACAGCAAGAAGAUCUACCAGUCAAAGAUGGAUUUUUCAGGGCAGUUCGUCAGGAGCCUGUCAAAUUCGGCAAAAUCGGCGGAGAGACUCAAAUCAACUACGUUCGCUGGUACGAGUGCGGAACAUCGAUACCCGGGAAAUGGUAGAGGCCACACGAACUUGGUGACCAAACAGCCCAGCACGAGCUACCCCUGACCAGCUGUCCAAGGCAGGAUCAGAGAUGGAAAUGUUUCUGAUCUGCAUGGCACCUCAGUAUGUUUGCUGGUGUGCAAGAGUCUGUGCAAGUCUAAUGCCAAUACUGCAUUCAUUGUGUAAUAGCGUAGGCUGCUUGCUGUAGUUACUCCUGUUUUACAAAUGUGUUUUCAGAUUUUAAAAUACAAAUCCCAAAGAGGCUAGGGAUGUGUUGUAGGAUAAUGCAUAGGGAAGCUGGCUCCCUAUUCUUGAGGUCUGGUUUAUAUGGUAUUUUAAAAGAUACAGUGUGUAUAUUAUUUAUCAUAAUGUUGUAAUAAAUGUUUAAGGCACGGUCACGGCAGAGCUGCUCAUGGAAUACCAUGUGCAGUAGUUUUUACAUAGUCACUGGUCGUCUUCUAUAAUGUAAGUGCCACAAGCUACCUGUCCAGACAGAUACCCGAUGUCUUCCCAGUGAUAAACUAUAGAAGAGACCCUUCAGUUUUCAGUACCCUGCAACCAGUGAACUUGAAGCGCUUUCUCCUUCCACCUAGGUUAUGACCCUGCCAGGACACUGAGGUAG